AUGAACAAUCUGCAUCUUGGGCAUCGCCUUGGUGCGGUCUCUACCUUCCCUGUACAGCGAGCUUACAAGGAACAGACACUGUCCUCGCUCCGGCACGAUGAGCAGGUCACCUUCUCGCUGGCGCGCCUAGCCGGCGAUAUCCCGCCAUCGGCGAACGUCGCGCAUCCCAACGGCGUCAAUUGCCUCGCCGUACGCUCUGAUGUCCUGGUAACAGGUGGUGCCGACGCUUGUAUCCGUCUCUGGGACCUCUCCUCCCCCAAUUCGACCCCUAGCACUGCCACCUAUCACCCACGAGCGACACUUUCUCGUUCUCCCACAGGCCAUACCAAUGCCCUCACGUCAAUCAGCAUCUAUCCAUUCGAUCCUGUCCCCAGUACUCUGGUCAGCACCUCCUACGACACUAAUCUGCUCCUGACCUCCAUCACCCCCACUUCACUCGUCCCAGCACACACCUUUCCGCUUCAGUACGCCGUUCAUACGCACGCGAUAUCACCUAUUCCAACUCACAGCCCUCUGAUUGCAGCCGGUACCGCUUCCCCUGCAAUUCGCCUCCUCGAUCUCCGUUCCGGUCUCGCGACCCACUCGCUUCCCGGUCACAACGGCGCGAUAUACGCGCUUGCGUGGUCGCCAAAACAUUCCCAUGUACUUGCGUCAGGGGCCAAUGACGGUCGAGUUCUACUCUUCGACGUCCGGCGCGCUAAUGCGGCAUUCGCAAGCCUGGAUCUCGACGAUGCUAUAGGUGUCUCUGCCAUAGAGAAGAACCGCCUAGGUGGAAAGACCGGCCAACUGCUGAAUUACUCGUCGCAGGCGCACACUGGGCCAGUGACAAGUGUGCAAUGGACGAGCUAUCCACACGAGAAGCUUGUGACGACGGGGCACGAUCAACGAAUCAGGGUCUGGGACUCUGGGAAUGGGAGGAACGAAUUGGUACAUUUCGGGCCGCGGCUCAAGAACACCAGGCUCGGACCGUUCGGACCGCUGCUUGCGCCGGCAGGGUACGCAAGGAAAGCGACGCAAGAGGUCUUGCUGUGGGCGAACGAUGAUGCGAGAGGAGAAGUUGGCGUGUUUGGCUUGCGCGAGGGUGAUGCUAGGGGGACGAUGGCCGUGCGAGGGGUGCACAAGGGCCGCGUUGCAAAAGAGAGGGAGGUAGACAGCUUGCGCGGCCGGGGCAGGAUUAACGCAAUGGUUUGGCGCGAGGACGACGGGGAGGGAGGCGGAGGUAGGGAUGGAUUGGAGAUGAUCAGCGCCCAUGGCGAUGGGACAGUGGGUGUAUGGCGUAUUCCGGAAGGCGACGCCGGCGAGAGUGCCGGUGACGAAGUUGAAGGUGAUGGAGACCAAAAGAAUGCAGGGUCUUGGAGCGCAGGUGAAAACAAGAAGCGUAAGAGGCAGGAUUUCAGCGCGCUGGUCGAGGGUUUGACAAAGAUCAAGAGAGUCGAUGCGCCUUGA